AAAUAAUAGGAAAAAGAAGGUGCUAUUGGAUCCAGAUCUUCUGUUUUUCCUCUAUAAACAAAACAUGGGGUUCACCCCUCAACAAUCCCAACACAGAUCAGUGUUCUUUUCUCAUCAGCAAUGCCUGCAAUUCCAAAGAAUCUCUUCCCUUCUCCCAAUGUCUUCUCUAUCACUUUCCUUCUUUCAAUAAACUCUCUCUUUUUCUUAAGGUGUUUAUCCAUUGAUGUACAGGGCCAAGCUCUUCUGGAAUGGAAAAACAGUCUAAACAGCUCCACAGACAUAUUAAGGACAUGGAAUCCUUCGGACCCAAGUCCCUGCAACUGGUUUGGGAUCGUUUGCAAUUCGAAUGGCGAAGUAACCGAGAUAAGUUUAAAAUCAGUCAAUUUGCAAGGUCCACUGCCUUCAAAUUUGCAAUCUCUCUCGUCUUUGAAGUCUCUUAUCCUCACAGGAACCAAUCUAACAGGGUCCAUACCGAACGAAACUGGAGAUUAUCAAGAAUUGGAACUCAUAGAUCUCAGCAGCAAUGCUAUCUCCGGUGAAAUUCCUGUUGAUAUUUGCAGGCUAAGCAAGCUUCAUACUCUGUUUCUCAACUCGAAUUUUCUUGAAGGAGGAAUCCCUUCUGACAUUGGAAAUCUUUCAAGCCUAGUGUAUCUGAUGCUCUACGAUAAUCAACUCACCGGCGAAAUUCCCAGGAGUAUCGGAAGACUAAGUAAACUUGAGGUCUUCAGAGCGGGCGGAAAUCAAAAUCUGAAAGGAGAGUUGCCAUCAGAGAUUGGGAAUUGCAGUAAUUUAGUGAUGUUGGGCCUUGCAGAUACCAGCAUUACAGGAAGUCUUCCUCCGUCGAUAGGGUCACUGAAGAAGAUUCAAACCAUAGCGAUUUACACAUCUCUGCUAUCUGGUCCCAUUCCAGAAGAGAUCGGUAACUGCAGCAAUCUUCAGAACCUGUACUUUUAUCAGAAUUCAAUCUCUGGUCCCAUCCCAAGGAGUGUUGGGGAAUUGAAGAAGCUUCAAAGCAUGCUUUUGUGGCAGAAUAGCCUUGUGGGUACCAUCCCUUUUGAGCUCGGGAACUGCAAAGAGCUUAUGUUGGUGGAUUUAUCAGAGAAUCUGCUGUCAGGAAGCAUACCUACGAGUUUUGGAAAUCUCUUGGGGCUUCAAGAGCUUCAGCUGAGCAUCAAUCAGUUAACAGGUACUAUACCUUCCGAGAUCUCAAACUGCACAGCUCUGACUCACUUCGAAAUCGACAACAAUCAGAUUUCUGGUGAGAUUCCAGAAGGCAUCGGCAAGUUACAGAGCUUGACAUUGUUCUUCGCUUGGCAGAAUAAGUUGACUGGUAAAAUCCCUGAAAGUCUUGCAGAUUGUCAGAAUCUUCAAGCUCUUGAUCUCUCCUACAAUCAAAUUUUGGGUCCCAUACCAAAGCAGAUCUUCGGAUUGAGGAAUCUUACAAAGCUUCUGCUGCUAUCCAAUGAUUUAUCGGGUUUCAUACCACCAGACAUCGGAAACUGCACGAACCUAUACCGGUUUCGAAUCAAUGACAACAGGCUCACGGGUACGAUUCCGGCCGAGAUUGGGAACUUGAGGAAUUUGAAUUUCUUAGACAUGAGCAAUAACCGGAUCGUAGGUGGGAUUCCUCCGGCGAUCUCCGGAUGUGAAAACCUCGAGUUUCUCGACCUCCAUUCUAAUGGGCUCACCGGUUCUGUGCCGGAAACGCUUCCGAAAAGCCUGCAAUUCGUUGAUAUAUCCGACAAUAGGCUAACAGGGCCAUUGACUCCGAGCCUGGGGUCGUUAACAGAGUUGACAAAACUCGUUCUUGGGAAGAACCGAAUCAGUGGUGGAAUCCCCGCAGAGCUAGUGUCGUGCUGCAAGCUACAGUUAUUGGACCUCGGGGACAACGGUUUCUCAGGCCAGAUACCAAAGGAAUUGGGUCGGAUACCGGCACUGGAGAUAUCUCUGAAUCUGAGCUGCAAUCAGCUCUCCGGUGAAAUCCCAUCAGAGUUCUCUGGUUUAGACAAGCUUGGGAUUCUGGACAUCUCCCACAACCAGCUUACUGGGAAAAUGGACAUGCUUGCGGGUCUCCAGAACCUAGUCCUUCUCAACAUAUCCUUUAAUGGCUUUUCGGGAGAAUUGCCAGACACCCCAUUCUUCCGGAAACUCCCGCUAAACGACCUGAUGGGGAACAAAGGGCUUUACAUCUCCCCCAAUGGCGGCGUCGUGACACCAGCUGAAAGGGGUCGGACCACCAAGCCCGCAAUGAAGAUGGCAAUGUCAAUCCUCGUCAGCGCCAGUGCGGUGCUGCUGCUGCUGGCGGUUUACUUGCUAGUGCGGGAGCGUAUGAGGGCGAAUGGAGUAUCGGCGGAGGAUGACAGAUGGGAUAUAACACUCUAUCAGAAGUUCGAUUUCUCCAUCGACGACGUCGUCCGGAACUUGACGUCAGCGAAUGUGAUCGGAACGGGGAGCUCAGGGGUGGUGUACAGGGUUGCGAUCCUUAAUGGGGAGACGCUGGCGGUGAAGAAGAUGUGGUCUUCUUCUUCUUCUUCUUCUUCUCCGUCACCGUCGGAGAAGGAGGAGUCGUCGGAGAAGGGAGAGAUGGAGUCGGGAGCAUUCGGGUCGGAAAUCAGGACACUUGGGUCGAUCCGACACAGGAAUAUAGUGAGGCUUUUGGGUUGGUGUGCCAAUAGGAGCAGAAGCAUGAAGCUGUUGUUCUAUGACUACCUACCAAAUGGAAGCUUGAGCUCUAUGAUCCAUGGCGAUGGUGGUGGGCAGGAGCAGGUGAAGAAGGCGGCGGAGUGGGAGACCAGGUACGAGGUUGUGCUGGGAGUGGCGCAUGCACUGGCUUACCUUCACCACGACUGCGUCCCUGCCAUAUUGCACGGUGAUGUCAAGGCCAUGAACGUCUUAUUGGGUCCGGGUCUGGAGCCCUACCUAGCGGACUUCGGGUUAGCCAGGCUAGUGAAUGUUGCUGAUGGUGACUCCACCAAGUUGAGCCUCAAGCCUCACCUUGCUGGAUCCUAUGGCUACAUGGCUCCUGAGCAUGCAUCAAUGCAACGAAUCACAGAGAAGAGCGACGUUUACAGCUUUGGUGUGUUAGUAUUGGAGGUACUCACGGGAAGGCAUCCAUUGGACCCAACCUUGCCAGGAGGGGUACAUCUGGUCCAAUGGGUCCAGGACCACUUGAAAAGGAAAGGUAACCCAGUGGACAUACUUGACCCAAGGCUCCAAGGCCGGCCUGACCCUCAGGUACAUGAGAUGCUUCAGACGCUGGCUGUCUCCUCCCUAUGCGUCGGCACAAGGGCCAGUGAUCGCCCCAUGAUGAAGGAUGUUGUGGCCAUGCUCAAGGAGAUCCACCAUGUAGAAGUUCCAAGGUCUGAAACAGAUUUAGUGAAGAAGGAUGCAUCAUCCAUGGUUGUUUCUUCUCCUCAGGCUCAGGCUCAGGCUCAGGCUCAGGCUCAGGCUCAGGCUCGGAAACUGGUCUUGGAAGGAUCUUCUAACUGCUCAUUCGCCUUUUCUGAUGACUCCAUCUCCAUUUAAGAUUUUAAAACCAGAGGUUUCAGGUUUCAGAGCUCAGGAUCAUGGAAGUUAAUCAGUACCAGGCCACAUUGCAGUGGAGAAGUUUGAGAAAUAGUAUUGUACUUGCAUGGGUAUCCAAUCACCGGAUCGGUGCCAACCAAUCGAUCUCCGAUCAACCUAAUUCCGAUUCCCGAUACUCAAGAAAGUCCAACUCCAUUGUCAAAACAAGCAAAGAGGAACAGAGGAGGUCUGGAAUACAAGCAUGUGAUGGAAGUGAGUCAGUCCGUAUAGCAAACAGAUGGAAUCUCUCUGAAGUCCAAAACCCAAUCCAAAAGGAUCAUGUAAAUUUUUUCUUAAUAAAUUGAUUAAUUAAUUAUUUUAUUUCCUUAAUGUAAUUUCUCAUC